AUGGUCGUCGUGAAACCAAAAUAUAUACCUGAUUCAUUUGCUCUCGUCGUUCGAUAUGUUCCUAGGGCACUAGAUGAAAAUUUUGUUUCAAAUGAAAUACAACGAACAAUUGCCUCUGCAGAUCGAAUUAAGGGUAUUCACUAUUCCUACCAAAGAAGAACAGAUGAUUAUCGAUUUGGUGUAAAAGAUUAUAGUGAAUAUAAUGCUGUGUUGCAACUGGGUAGAAUUGUAAUAGGUCAUUCGUGGUUAUCGAUCACCAAGUUUUAUCCUGGAAACCGUCUAACUUACUGCACGAAAUGUUGGUGUAUAGGGCAUUUAAGAAAUAAAGGCAAUUCAGAAAACAAAUGUCGAAUUUGUCUUGAGAAUUUGAGCGUGGAUACUCCGCGUAUGUGUAAAAAUGAAUCAAAAUGUGCUCAAUGUGAUGGAAAUCAUCAUUCAUUAGAUAGUCAAUGUCAAGUUUUAAAAGAAUAUAAAGACCAAUUAAAAGAAGAUGUCGAAGAUGCGAUACAAAAAGGAUUAUUACAGCGAUUCUCACCGCAAGAAAAAUCGCCUACAUUCCAACUUCAUGAUCAAGAUUUUCCACCAUUAGCUGCAAGUGAUAAUUAUUCUAAUAAAAAAUGGAAUAUUGCUCAACCACGUAGAACUGUCGAGUCGAAUAUUUUACGCGCAUCACAUACAGAUAAAACAAUUGAAUCUAUCAAUGAUAAUCUGACAAAGCUUAUCGAUAGUAACAAAUGA